AUGGACUUCGUGUUUGGUCUUCCGCGCGAUUCUAGGCGGAAGACUGGUAUUGUGGUCUUUGUUGACCGCUUCAGCAAGAUGGUGCAUCUCGCCGCUGUCGCAGCGGAGGUGACCUCCGUACAGACGGCACGUGUGUUCGUUGACAUGGUGUUGAAGAACCAUGGCAUGCCCAGCGACUUUGUGUCGGACCGCGAUCCGCGCUUCACGGCGCGUUUCUGGCAAGAAGUGUUCACACACGGUUCUCUAUGUCGACUGCGGAUCAUCCGCAGACGGACGGACAAACCGAGCGCGUGA